AUGGGCAUCUCCCGCGACUCCCGGCACAAGCGCCGCGCCACGGGCGGCAAGCGCAACGUCUGCGUCAAGAAGCGCAAGUUCGAGUCCGGCCGCCAGGCGGGCAACACGAAGAUCGGCGUCAAGCGCGUGACGGAGAUCCGCACGCGCGGCGGGAACAAGAAGUUCCGCGCGCUCCGCCUCGAGAGCGGCAACUACUCGUGGGGCUCCGAGGUCUGCACGCGCAAGACGCGCAUCCUCGACGUCGUCUACAACUCGACGAACAACGAGCUCGUGCGCACGAAGACGCUCGUCAAGAACACGAUCGUCCAGGUCGACGCGACGCCCUUCCGCCAGUGGUACGAGGCGCACUACGGCGUCGAGAUCGGCCGCAAGAAGAAGGGCGGCGGCAAGAAGAAGGACGGCGACGCCGAGGCCGACGCCAAGAAGUCGAGCCACGUGCUCCGCAAGCUCGCGCAGCGCCAGAAGGGCCGGUCCCUCGAGUCGACGCUCGACGACCAGUUCGCGUCGGGCCGCCUCCUCGCCGUCGUCUCGAGCCGCCCGGGCCAGUCGGGCCGCUGCGACGGCUACAUCCUCGAGGGCCCGGAGCUCGCCUUUUACAAACGCAAACUCGACAUCAAGAAGAAGAAGUAG